AUGUCCCAAAGACUUGUUUCAUCGUCCCUUAGGGCGCUUGUUAGACCUGCGCGUAAGGAAUUCAUCAGAGCAUAUUCUGACGAAACUACACAUUUUGGAUUCAAAACCGUGAACACUGAAGACAAGGAAAAGCUUGUUAAGGGAGUCUUUUCAUCAGUCGCUUCCAAUUACGAUGUCAUGAACGAUGCCAUGUCCAUGGGUGUGCACAGACUCUGGAAGGACCACUUCAUCAACCGACUCGAUGCCGGUAUGAGACCAGGUUCCAACCGUCCAUUGGACUUCCUUGAUGUUGCAGGUGGUACUGGUGACAUUGCUUUUGGAUUGUUGGAACACGCGGAACAAAAAUUCCACGACAGACAAUCAACUAUGACUGUGGCUGAUAUAAACCCAGAUAUGUUGGCAGAAGGUGAAUUGCGUUACCAAAAGACUAAGUGGAACGAUGGUUCUGACAGAGUCAAAUUCUUGGUACAAAAUGGAGAAACUAUGGAUGCUAUCCCAGAUAACUCUAAAGAUGUUUAUACCAUUGCCUUUGGUAUUAGAAACUUUACCAAUAUCCAGGCCGGUCUUAACACUGCCUACAGAGUGUUGAAGCCAGGUGGAAUCUUUGCCUGUCUUGAAUUUUCCCACGUGGAAAACCCAGUCAUUGACUACGCAUACCAAGCAUACUCAUUCCUGUUAUUGCCAUUGAUGGGUCAAUUGAUCGCUAAUGACAGAGAAUCCUACCAAUAUUUGGUGGAAAGUAUCAGAAAGUUCCCAAAGCAAGAUGAAUUCAAGGGAAUGAUUGAAAAGGCCGGUUUCUACGUUCCUGAAAAGGGUUAUGAAAACUUAACCUUUGGUGUUGCCUCUAUCCAUAUUGGUGUAAAGCUUUAA